AUGGAGCUUGUUUUAUGCAAAUGGCUAUUUGCGUUUCUACUCUGUUUCUGGCUCAUCUUCUCUGUUGCAUUCUCAGUGGAGGGACUUCCUGGAAACUCAAAAGUAAGAGGAGUGAAUUUGGGCGGAUGGUUGGUUGUGGAAGGGUGGAUUAAACCUUCUCUGUUCGACGGUAUUCCCAAUGGAGACAUGCUUGAUGGAACAGAGGUUCAAUUCAAGUCAGUGACAUUGCAGAAAUAUGUGUCCGCAGACAAUGGGGGUGGCAUGAAUGUUACAGUGGACAAGGAUGUUCCUUUAUCAUGGGAAACUUUUAGGUUAUGGAGAGUUUCCGAUUCAGUAUUUCAGUUUCGCACCUCUCAAGGCCAAUUUCUAACAUGUGAUGGAGGCUUUGUCUAUGCAACAGCAGAAUCACCAUUGGCAACAGAAACAUUUUAUAUUGAAAGAAAUUUUAACACUAGAGUUCAUAUCAGACUUAAAAGUGGAACCUAUCUGCAGGCUUCAAAAGCCAGCCAGAUCACAGCAGACUAUCGGGGGACACCAGGAUGGGAUAAUAAUGCAGCCACAUUUGAGAUGAUGAUUAUAGCAAAUAAUUUACACGGAGAUUAUCAGCUUGCCAAUGGAUUUGGGUAUGCCAAAGCCAAAGAAGUUCUCAAGAGGCAUAGAAACAGCUUUAUCACUGUAGAUGAUUUCAAUUUUCUGUAUAGACACGGAAUAAAUACUGUGAGGAUCCCUGUUGGCUGGUGGAUUGCUUUUGAUCCCAAUCCUCCUGCCCCUUUUAUAGGAGGAUCGUUAGAAGCUCUGGAUAAUGCGUUCUCAUGGGCACAAGCCUAUAGCAUAAAGUGCAUAAUUGACCUUCAUGCAGCUCCAGGCUCCCAAAAUGGGAUGGAACAUAGUUCUAGUAGAGAUGGUACAACUGGAUGGUCUACAUCUCCAGAUUCCAUCUCCCAGACGCUAGUGGUUAUUGAUUUCCUGGCUUCCAGGUAUGCCAAGCAUCCGGCCUUGCUGGGAAUUGAGCUUCUAAACGAACCAUCUUCUGCCACCGUCCCACUGGACAUUUUAGUUUCAUAUUACAAACAAGGCUACCAGAUUGUUCGGAAAUACUCAUCAACAGCUUAUGUGAUUUUCUGCCAAAGAAUAGGCAACACAGAUCCAUUUGAACUUUAUCAAGCUAACUUAGGCUCGAUAAAUACAGUAGUUGAUUUGCAUUACUACAAUCUCUUUGACAAUUUUUUUGUAAACAUGAGUACUGUUGAUAAUAUUCAAUACAUAUACAAGAGCAGGGAGUCCCAAGUACAAGCUCUGAAUGGUGCAAAUGGGCCUCUUGUUUUUAUUGGGGAAUGGGUGAAUGAAUGGAACGUCAUGAGCGGAUCCCAAUUAGACUACCAGGAUUUUGGGAGAGCCCAGUUAGAGGUAUAUGGUGCUGCCUCUUUUGGAUGGGCUUAUUGGACGAUUAAAAACGACAGAAAGCACUGGGAUUUCGAAUGGAAUAUUCAAAACAAUUAUCUCCAACUGGGUUAUUCACCCGAUGAGCGGAUUUUUAGCCGUGUACUUCUACUUGGACUGGUAUGUGGUUGCUUAUUGCUGCAUCACACAUUGUGAUACAUCACAGCCAAAGUAGUCCCACAACCCAGAUAUGGUGGACAAUAUGAACACUGCGAUUCUUUGUUAUUCGCCUCUGAAACAUCACUCAGGUAUUUUUCAAAUUUGUGUGAGAGGCGCGGCAAAAUAUUUAUUUUUUAAACGAAUUGAUAAAUAUUGAGAUUAAUGAGAAUGG